AUGACUGUUAAGACGAGCAAAUGCGCGAACCCUAAAUCUCUUAUCCCCGAUGUACCGGACAAGCAGAUAUCUGAGCCGAUUCCGCUGUCCGAAUCAUGUCGUUCACGCGCGGGUGAGGAUCGCUUGAAACUCAGCGCCCAGUCAUCUGCGGUCAUUGAUAGAGCUGGUCGCACUCCAAAAGCUGGUCAGCACCAGUCGUUUAUCCCUCGAUCGUCCAUGGGAGGUGAAUUGUCCGUGAACCGCAAUACAUCAUCCAGUCGAGAUACUAGUCCUUUUGUUUGCCCCAAAGGUCUGAGGGUUGCCACCAAACCCAAACCUCUGUGUAAAAGCACGAAUCCCUCCACCACCUAUAACGGGAGCACUGGUGUGAGCAAGCUCAGUGGGAUCGCUCUCGGUCAAGCUUCGUUGGCUCGGAACAGCACAUCAGCUCGAUCUGCCAAAUCCUCUCCAUCCCCUUCUACAACUCGAUUGGAAACAAACGGGUCCACUCAUCGUUUACCCACAUGGACUCCGCCAUCCAGGCACUUAGACACCCGUGCUCCCUGGGUCCGACCGGAACGACCCAAAAGCACUCAGGCUUCAUCCGCAGUAACGUGUUCAAGCACGAUCAGUUCGACCACGCCCAGCAAAACCCUGUCCCCCGUCACUUCGCCACAUGUGGUCAGUGUGUCCAUACCGCCGCUGGCAAAUCGACUGCACAUACGAACUUCACCGUACGAUCGUCUUUCGCGUUUGUCCUACGGAUCUGAAGGGGGUUCACAAGAAUCACACGUAGGCCCCGUUCGUGCGCAUCCGUCGUAUAAAUCGGUCACUGCGCGAUCCCAGCCGAUUGGAACGGAUAAAUCUACAAAGUCGACCCCAGUCCGAACCUGUACCGUGACCACACAAGUCACAUCACCUAAAGUGAGCUGUCUGGUCUCUCAAUCUGUGGCCUUUUAUUCACCACCGCAACCGAGUGCCGCCCGCAGCUCACCCACUCCGGUCCCUCUUGUUCCCGAAACACCUGUGGCCGUUUUUACUCGACCUCCGCUCCGUAAGGAACUGAGUACAGUGUCCGGAUGUAGUCUCGCUUCAGAUGAUCUUAUGCUGGAUACCGAUAUCGGUUGGUUGGAUUCAGACGGUGAGGCGGAAGAAAAUGAAGACGAAUCGCAUUUAAUACGGGAGGAGAACAAUACCCAAACUAAUCGAUCACCUGUAUCUAAAACUCGAUCCACUUCCUGGUCUCGUAGUCACGCUCCUCCUCCACAUGUGUCACGAGAGCCGAGUAUUGUCCAUAGUCGGCUAGAGUCAGUCACCGAGGCGAGUCACGAUGAUUUAACCCGAUUGUCUUCAUUGGACAAAUGCGUUGAUGACAAUACUCAAGUGUCCGGCCGCACGGAUGGUUCAGCUACGGAAGUCGUUCAGGGUACAGUGGUGCAUUUAAGACCAAAACCGAAUCAAUUCGAUAAGGGAGUGGACGCAAGCGUGCCCGAUCGUCGCCGUCAUACCACAUCGUUUGGUGAUCCAGCCACUCGACCGUUAUUCUCGGGCUUACGACGUCUCCGCUCUAUUCCCGGUCGCUAUCGAUCCGCAUCCAUCUCAUCCACCACCUCCAGUAAUACUGCCCUCGGUUCCAAUGACCCCGAGGAUCUGUCCGCAAAUACACAUCUGGGCGAACGGACGUGUGUACUCUUAGCCAGUGAACAACGCCAGAUGGUUCAAGAACUGCAGGGUAUUAAAGUGACCCUGCUUAAACUGAAACGAUUAUUAAGUGAGCGACGCCGACCUCGAAAGACGCUACCGACUGAUUGGUUCUCGGGCACUCGAGAUUUCGGUCAAAGUGAAGAAUCAACCAUCCAAACCCCAACCGGUCGUUCUCGAACUUGUUCCGACUCGGGUGUUCCUCCAGCUCCAUAUAGUUCCUCUCUAAGCAGUUCUGAUGGUCCGACUGGAACCGGGGACCGGUUCUCCGACCUGUCCCCUAACGAUUCCAUGGCUCUGGCAUCUGAUCCCACAGCCGUGGCCAAACUGUUAGUGAUAUUCGCUUUUCAUCCGUCCGAUCUUGAAUACCAUCCGGAUUUAGACCUUGUCGAUUCCAACACUAAAUCCGUCUUACGCAGCAAGCUGAAGUAUACAGAAUACCAAAAUCUGGCCCAACUACAAAAAGAGAAUCAACAGCUAUGCAUCUGUUCGGAUCGUCAUUUGAAAUCAAUGGAUGAGACGGAAUUGGAUUUGUCAUGUCAGACCGUGAGUGUUGAUGGUGUCGUAUUCGAGACAAGCAGCUGA